AUGCAGCCAAAACGAGCCAUCAGGGAAGCUCACGUGGCUGGUGGUAAAGCUGGGAAGGACUCCGGAAAGACCAAGACCAAAGCAGUGUCCCGUUCUCAGCGGGCUGGAUUGCAGUUCCCUGUUGGCCGCAUCCACAGGCACCUGAAGUCCAGGACUACCAGCCAUGGGCGUGUAGGAGCCACAGCUGCUGUGUAUAGCGCUGCAAUCCUGGAGUACUUGACGGCUGAGGUUCUUGAGCUGGCUGGAAAUGCAUCCAAAGACUUGAAGGUGAAACGUAUCACUCCCCGUCACUUGCAGCUUGCAAUUAGAGGAGAUGAAGAAUUGGACUCCCUCAUUAAGGCAACAAUCGCUGGUGGCGGUGUAAUACCGCAUAUCCACAAGUCUCUCAUUGGAAAGAAAGGACAACAGAAAACUGUCUAAAGGAUACCAGGAUUCCUUGUUAUCUCAGGACUCUAAGUACUUAAUUGUCCAGUGUUGGUGAUUCCAGUGGACUGUAUCUGUGAAACACGAUUUUGCCUUUUUGUAACUUUGAGAAGCUAAAGCUCCCUUGAGCUUUCUAACAAACCAAAUUUCUGCAUUGAAGUCUUAACCGUAUUUAAGUGUUACCAUGGCUUCAAAGAAGCUAUUGUAUUUGUAGUGGGUUUUGAUUGAGCUGACUGUUUUUAGAUUGGUUUAAGUAAAGGAAAUGUUUGGUUUUGUACAGACUUUUCAUCCACUAGAGUGGAAAUAUUCAAUAAAUGUUCUAUCAAGA